AUGGGUUUCAAACUUUCUCUUCUCCCUUCCAUCUUUCUCUUCCUUCUGUUCUUCUCUCUGCCACCAACUCCUCUCAGGCUUAAACUGUUUGAAGGAAUAGGAGUCAAUUUGGUGAUUGGCAUUGGUGAAAGAAGGGAUAACAAUGUCAUAGAUCCAAGAUCUAUCACCCAACUCUCAUGGCAACCAAGGAUUUUUCUCUAUGAGGGCUUUCUCUCCGACGAGGAAUGCGAUCACCUCAUCUCCCUGUCGAAGGGUAAGCUUAAAAAAUCUACAGUCAUAGAGGGCUACGGUGGUGAGAGCAAGCUUAGCACCGCGCGAACUAGUUGGGACAUGUUCCUAAAGCCAGGUCAGAUGGCGCUCGUGCUAUUUCUCAUCGCGAACAUGGUUGUUAUCGGCUAA